UAUCUCUCUUACAGCUUUCAUGGAGCUCUUUCUUGCCUUGUGUCAAAUAAAUCUUGGUAUAAAAAAGAACUCACAAGGGUUUCUUGGGAAACGGGUAACAAUGGUUACUCCUCUGCUUCCAUGAAAAAUCCAGAUAGUUCAAUAGCUUAUUUGGUCUGAAACUGUAUCGAUAUUUUAUUGUCCUAUUUAGGAGUUCGAUUGAAUUCCUCUCCCGGAGGCUUAUGCAAAAAUGAAGGAGACAUAGCUUGAUCGGAUUUUGCGGUCUUGAUCGAAACUCUUUCGUAUAUGUUUUCCGGGGAAGAUAGAAAGAAAUGAAUUGUUUCUCGUGUUUUUAUUUCUACGAGAAGAAAAUUACGAGAAAUAUCAGCUGUCAAAGGAAUGGUGAAUUAGCCAUUAAAGAAGACAAGAAACCACAAAAAGUACACUCCGAGACUGGAAAGGAAGAGAGUAAGAACAUUGAUACAACCAACAUAGCGGCGCUAACAUUUACCUUCAGGGAGCUAGCAACAGCUACCAACAACUUCAGACAAGAAUGUUUGAUCGGUGAAGGCGGUUUCGGUAGGGUUUACAAGGGAAAGCUCGAGAAAACCGGACAGGCACAACCUGUAUUCAAGGAACCGGGCAGAUUCUCGGAAUUAGCGGAUCCACUUAUGGAGGGAGUGUUCCCGGAGAAAUCUUUGAAUCAGGCGGUGGCAGUAGCCGCCAUGUGUCUACAGGAGGAAGACUCGGUCCGACCAGUUAUGAGUGAUGUUGUGACGGCGCUGGAUUUUUUGGGAACCGCUACAGAAUGCUCUGAAAAUGUCACUCGAGAAAAGCUCGACGACGUCGUAGAGAAUGUGGAGGCGGCAGAGGAUGAGCGGGAACGUGCGGUGGCUGAGGCCAUGGAGUGUUCUUCUUGAUUUUUUUUUUAUUUUUAUUUUUUUUGUCAACAACAUGAAUUAGAAAAGAAACAAAAGUCAUGCAAGAAACACUAUAAC